AUGGCCGCCGCGCUCACCGACAUGGCCGACCUGGAGGAGCUCUCCCGCCUGAGCCCUCUGCCCCCCGGCAGCCCGGGCUCGGCGGCGGCGGCGGCGGCGGCGGCGGCGCGGGGCCGGGCGGAGCCCCCCGAGGAGGACGAGGACGAGGACGAGGAGGAAGCGGAGGCGGAGGCCCAGGCGGUGGCGGCGCUGCUGCUGAACGGCGGCGGCGGCGGCGGCGGCGCCGGGAGCGCUGGGGGCGGCGGCGGCGGCGGGGGCGCCGGCGUGGGGGGCGGCGAGGCGGAGACCAUGUCGGAGCCGAGCCCCGAGAGCGCCAGCCAGGCCGGCGAGGACGAGGACGAGGAGGAAGAGGAGGACGACGAGGAGGAGGAGGACGAGGGCAGCAGCAGCGGCGGCGGCGAGGAGGAGAGCAGCGCCGAGAGCCUGGUGGGCAGCAGCAGCGGCGGCAGCAGCGGCGACGAGACGCGCUCGCUGAGCCCGGGCGCCGCGAGCAGCAGCAGCGGCGAUGGGGACGGCAAGGAGGGCCUGGAGGAGCCCAAGGGACCGCGGGGCGGCCAGGGCGGCGGCGGCGGCGGCGGCGGGGGCGGCAGCAGCAGCAGCAGCGUCGUCUCCAGCGGCGGCGACGAGGGCUACGGCACCGGGGGCGGCGGAAGCAGCGCGACCUCCGGGGGCCGGCGCGGCAGUUUGGAGAUGUCGUCGGACGGGGAACCCCUGAGCCGCAUGGACUCGGAGGACAGCAUAAGCAGUACUAUAAUGGAUGUAGACAGCACAAUUUCCAGUGGGCGUUCAACUCCAGCAAUGAUGAAUGGACAAGGAAGCACUACUUCUUCAAGCAAAAAUAUUGCCUAUAAUUGUUGUUGGGACCAGUGCCAGGCUUGCUUCAACUCUAGUCCAGAUCUGGCAGAUCACAUCCGUUCCAUACAUGUAGAUGGUCAGCGAGGAGGGGUAUUUGUUUGCUUAUGGAAAGGUUGCAAAGUAUAUAACACUCCUUCAACCAGUCAGAGUUGGUUACAGAGGCAUAUGCUGACGCACAGUGGAGACAAGCCUUUCAAGUGUGUUGUUGGUGGCUGCAAUGCCAGCUUUGCUUCUCAGGGAGGGCUAGCUCGCCACGUACCCACACACUUCAGUCAGCAGAACUCUUCAAAAGUUUCUAGCCAGCCAAAGGCCAAAGAAGAAUCUCCUUCUAAAGCUGGAAUGAAUAAAAGAAGGAAAUUAAAGAACAAAAGACGACGCUCAUUGCCACGACCACAUGAUUUCUUCGAUGCACAAACACUGGAUGCGAUAAGACAUCGAGCCAUAUGCUUUAACCUCUCAGCUCAUAUAGAAAGUUUAGGGAAGGGGCACAGUGUUGUUUUUCAUAGUACUGUAAUAGCUAAGAGAAAAGAGGAUUCUGGAAAGAUAAAACUUUUGCUUCAUUGGAUGCCUGAAGAUAUUCUGCCUGACGUGUGGGUGAAUGAAAGUGAGCGACAUCAAUUGAAAACUAAAGUAGUUCAUUUAUCAAAGCUACCCAAAGAUACUGCCUUGCUUUUGGACCCAAACAUAUACAGAACAAUGCCGCAGAAGAGGUUGAAGAGAACUCUGAUAAGAAAAGUGUUCAAUUUGUAUUUAAGCAAACAGUGA